UAACUACCAUGCACUUAUUAUAAAUAAAUCGUAACUUAUCAUAAUUUCGCCAAUUCAAAUGGGGAACAGUACGUCAUACAUAACUACGUCAGAUGAUACGUCAACGACUGCUUCUACGUCAUCAACUUUUGAAAUGAUGCGUCAACUUAGUUACGAAAGUGACGUUUUUUAUCCAGAUCCUACACUACAACACGGAAUGAACUUUGAAAAACCAAGAGUUCCGGAUUUGACUCCGGAGCAUUUCCCAACGUGGAGAGUCAAUGAAAUGAACCCGGUAUUAUUAAAGUACAUGAAACGAUCAUAUCGGCCUUGUCCAGCAACAUUCAAAGCAUCGGCAAAAAAAUUGGCGGAAAUCUCUGCUGCUCAGAAAAUUCCGAAGUUUGUAAACACAAUGGGAGGAUCGCAAUGUGCUAAGUUACAUUGGGCUUGCUUAGCUGGCUGGUGUAUGUGCAAAUACCAAUACCAGCCAUUGACGCCUUUACACUUACUGCCACACACGAGACUCACUUCAAGUAAGGUAAUUCCGAGCCAGUCACGUCUUCCAGGAAAUUCACGAAACAGUGUUGAUAUGUCUCCUGCUGUUUCAAGUAAUGACGUCACGAUUGAUGAUGACGUCGGGGAACUUUAUGAUGACGCAAUAAAGACUUUUGACAAUGAUGAUUAUAACGUCACUGAUAAUGAUAAUAUUAUACAAAUUAUGAGCAAAGAAUCGACGGUUUAGUUCCCGUCAGAAAGUUUCGGAUAUCCUUCACUAUAAUGAGCUAACUUAUGGUACUCUAUAAAGAGGUGUCCAACACUCUCGCUCAGUACAAGUUACCACAUAUAUUUAGGAAGUUACUGUAUUUUGAAAGAACAGAAAGGGCUGCAUACUCACGUGAACACUGGAUAUGUCCAACGUUCAUUGCCAACAUAGACAGAUAAGAAGAACCGGAGAUCUUUCUGGUUUGGCUUACCCCAUCCAAUUUAUCACAAGCUGCUUGGCAUGGGCUUUGACUCGAACUCUCAAAGUAAUUAUAUAGUCUAUUACAGUGGUUCCCAAACUUUUUAGGCCACGUCCCCUUUUUGAAUUUGUCGUCAAGUCUCGCGGCUCACCUCAAAAAUAACUAGCUAACAAUAAGCUACAAAUGACAGAUAGUAAAGCGAAAGUAUGUUUUAUUCAAAAAACACGUUGGAAAUAAAAAGUUGUCUGAGCUCCCCCGUUUGAGAAUAAAUAAAAGACUGAGACAUUUCUGGCUUGCCAUAUCUAAUUUAAUGCAGUUUGUGUGAGAUCGCCAUGGAGAUUGAACUGAAUAUCUAUAACUUAUAAUACCAAUAUAAUCCAGUUCAAUUGCUCAUUCACCAUCCUCUGCUUGGCUGGAUGUGUUUUGUUUAUUUUUCUAUCUGUAUUUACUCUGCUUCUUCAUUUUUUAUUCAAAUAUUUUUCACUGUGCCUUUUUCAUGAACUUUUAUCAACGCAAUAUUAAACUUAAUAUCAUCUUA